CUCUAACCUUUUUGUGAAUGAGGAUACGUAGCUGCCUGUAGCUGCCACUUUGGACAUCUCUGUGAAAUAAGGAAAGACUUUUUUUAAACCAGAGAAAAUAUCAGGAGGUGAAUGUUCCUGGAGUAUGGACCAGAACAUCUUAUUGUACUCUACCCUGCUGAGUGUCCUGAUUGGUGGGAGCCAGGCCUGUUACUGUGACCACUACGCAUGGACUCCAUGGUCCAGCUGUUCAAGUUCUUGCAAUUAUGGAACCCAAAGGAGAGAGAGACAAAUAGUACAAGAUAAAUAUUACAAAGAAAACUACUGUGAUAGGCUGUGUUCAAAGCAGGAAUCCAGGGCCUGCAACGAGCAAAUGUGUCCCAUCAACUGCCUGCUGAGUGACUUUGGACCAUGGUCUGAAUGUGACCCUUGUGUUAAAAAACAGUUUCGAGUGAGAUCCCUCUUGCGUCCCUCACAGUUUGGGGGGCAGCCAUGUACGGAGCAGCUGGUGGAAUCCCAAAGAUGUUAUCCAACAAAAUUGUGCAACAUAGAAGACAUUGAUUGCAAGAACAAAUUCAAGUGCGACAGUGGUCGAUGUAUUGCCAAAAACUUGUUAUGCAAUGGAGAAAAUGACUGCAGAGAUAACUCAGAUGAAAAGGAUUGUGACAGACAGAAAAGAGUGUGUAAUAGAGUGUACCAUCCUAUCCCAAGUGUGCAGUUAAUGGGAAAUGGGUUUCACUUUCUGGCGGGAGAACCCAGAGGAGAAGUCCUUGAUAAUGCUUUCACUGGAGGAAAAUGUACGACCGUCAAAAGCAGCAGAACCAGUAACCCUUACCGUGUCCCAGCCAAUAUAGAAAGCGUCAACUUUGAGGUGAACAAUGAAGAAGAUGAUUUGAAAACUGAUUUCUACAAUAAUUUGAUUCCUCUGGGAAAUUCUUAUGAUCACAGUGGUUUAGCUUCUUUCCAAGGGCAAAGUCGUUCAGGGAUUCCGUUGUUAUGGUCAACAAAAAGAAAUGAAAGAAUUACUCAACAAUCCUCCUUCAGACAAGCUAUUCAAGCUUCCCACAAAAAGGAUUCCAGUUUUAUUAGGAUUCAUAAAGUAAUUUCUGUCCUCAACUUUACAAUGAAACCCACAGAUUUGCAACUCUCGGAUGUCUUUUUGAAGGCACUUAACCAUCUGCCUCUCCAGUAUAAUUAUGCCUUAUACAGUCGUUUAUUUGAUGACUUUGGGACUCAUUAUUUCACUUCUGGUUCCAUGGGAGGUACCUAUGACCUCCUCUAUCAAUACAGCCGGGAAGAACUGAAGAACUCAGGCUUAACAGAGGAAGAAUCCCAACACUGUGUCCGCAUUGAGACUGUUAAGCGAAGGCUGUUCUUCAAGAAAAAGAAAGUAGAGAACAGGUGCACCACAAACAAGAUGUUAGAACGCUAUGAAGGCUCAUUUUUGCAAGGAGCUGAAAAAUCCCUAUCUCUGGUCCGAGGAGGAAGGAGUGAAUACGCUGCAGCUUUGGCAUGGGAGAAAAAAGGAGCCUCUCCAGAAGAGACUGUAUUUACUGAAUGGCUGCAGUCUGUGAAGGAAAACCCUGCUGUCAUUGACUUUGAGUUGGCAUCUAUCUUGGACUUGGUGAAAAACAUUCCCUGUGCGGUCACAAAACGGAAAAAUCUCAAGAAAGCUCUCCGAGAAUAUGCUGAAAAAUUUGAUCCUUGCAAAUGUGCCCCAUGUCCUAACAAUGGCCGACCCACACUCUUAGGAACCGAGUGCCUCUGUGUGUGUCAGAGUGGAACCUAUGGCGAGAACUGUGAGAAACGAGCCCCAGACUUCACAUCCGAUGAAGUUGAUGGUGCCUGGAGUUGCUGGUCCCCAUGGAGUCCAUGUGAUGCUUCUUAUAAAAGAAGAAGGACCCGUGAAUGUAACAACCCUGCGCCCCAGAAUGGAGGGAAGCCUUGUAGAGGAGAGCAAGAGCAAGAAGAGGAAUGUUCUUUUUCAAUAUUUGAAAACAGGGGAGAUAUCUGCAUAAAUGAUGAUGAGGCCCUAAAAGAGGUGGACAUUGAUGAAGUUAAUCCUAAAUCUGGAUGUGUUAAACCUAUUCCUCCUGAAAAUGGAUUUCUCAGGAAUGAGAAGAGGCUGUAUUCUGUUGGAGAAGAAGUCGAAGUUGCCUGCAUGACGGGCUUCGAUCUUGUUGGCUAUCCAUACGUCAGGUGUUUACCUGACCAGACAUGGAGGCAAGAAGAUGUGGAAUGUCAAAGGGUAGGGUGCCUAAAGCCAUUCGUACAGGAAGGCUUUUCAAUCACCCCAUAUCGAAGUGUAUAUGACAUUGGAGAUACCAUCAAACUCACCUGCCCCCAUGGCUUUGUCAUUACUGGGCCACCAAAUUACACAUGUGGGAAAAAAUCUUGGGAGCCAGCUGUUUCAAGUUCACUCACUUGCACACGAGAUGUUCUGACCCACAUGAGCAAUUGUGGACCUGGACGUAAGUUAGUGGAAUCCCAAUGUGUUUGCAUGUCUCCAGAAGAUGACUGUAGUCAUUACUCAGAAGAUCUCUGUGUAUUCAAUUCAGACUCCAACCAUUACUUUACCAAACCCAGCUGCAAUUUUUUGGCAGAGAAAUGUUCAAAUACCCAGAAAUUACAUUUCUUAUCUGUUGGAUCCUGCCAGGAUGGACCUCAGUUGGAACAGGCCAUUGAAAGAAUAAAGCUUUCAUUUGAUAGCACAAAGAAGGAACCCUGUGGCUAUGACACAUGCUAUGAUUGGGAAAACUGUUCAGCCUCCACAUAUACAUGUGCCUGUCUGAUGCCCUACCAGUGCCCCAAGAGUGGAAAACAAGACUAUUGCAUCAGAAUAGGCUCUUCAAAGACUGAGAAAACAAUGAAUAGCUGUGUGCUGGGAGCACUAAAUUGUGCCCAAAAGAAGGUGGAAAUAGUGCAUCGUGGACGAUGUAUUGCCUGAUGGCCUGAGGCAAAAAAAAAAAAACAGCACUCAAGAAAA